CAGUAACAUUACCGAGGGCUAAAUCUUUAAAAUGCUAAUUUCAGCUUAGCGAGGACCAAUGGGCAGAGGCACCGAGGGUGAUGUGGGCAGGAACUGUUUGGGUGCUGCAGCCAGCCAAUGAGAAAGCCGCAGGUAGCGUAGGAUAAGCAGUAAGUUUAGGACUGAGCAGCAACUUUUAAGUCCCGCACUCCUGCCGGAGAGACCCCCGUCACCACCAGCAGCAGCACUAGCAUUGAGCGCCUGUCCCCGGCAUGGCACAGACAUGAGCAGCAGCACGGAGCGGCAGGAGAGAGCAGCAGUGCCUGUGCAGGCGGCUCCCCCAGGAGAAGAGCUCACCUUUCACUAGGGGGAAACUAGGUGCAGCGCCAGAGGGACAAACGGCGUCCCCGCCCGAGCCCCGGAGAUCUCUGAGGAGGAGAGCAGCAGCAGCAGAGACCCGCCGGGAGAUCCCCCCGCACACCGCAGCCUGAGGACGGGAGAGAAGCCCAGCAUGGAUAGCGCGCACGCAAAGACCGUGUCCGAGGUGCUCCGGCACUUCGAGGUGAAUGAGAGCUGCGGGCUGAGCGCUGAGCAGGUCCGGAGGAGCAGAGAGCGGUAUGGACCGAACGAACUACCAGCUGAAGAAGGGAAAUCGCUGUGGGAACUAGUGCUGGAACAGUUUGAAGAUCUUUUAGUUCGGAUCCUUCUCCUGGCUGCAUUUGUUUCAUUUAUACUGGCUUGGUUUGAAGAAGGAGAGGAAACGACAACUGCCUUUGUGGAGCCUGUAGUUAUUAUUAUGAUACUUAUUGUCAAUGCGUUUGUUGGGGUAUGGCAGGAGAGAAAUGCUGAGAGCGCCAUUGAAGCUCUAAAAGAGUAUGAGCCAGAGAUGGGCAAAGUUAUCCGUGCGGACAGAAAUGGUGUGCAGCGUAUCAGAGCUAGAGACCUGGUUCCUGGAGACAUUGUGGAAGUGGCAGUUGGUGACAAAGUACCCGCUGAUAUCCGAUUAAUUGAGAUCCGUUCUACAACAUUACGUGUUGAUCAGUCCAUUCUCACAGGAGAGUCAAUUUCGGUUAUAAAACAUACAGAUCCUAUCCCAGACCCCAGAGCGGUUAAUCAGGAUAAGAAGAACAUGCUGUUCUCUGGAACCAAUAUUGCUGCUGGUAAGGCUGUUGGAAUCGUAAUUGCAACUGGUGUUUACACAGAGAUUGGAAAGAUCAGGAACCAGAUGGUUGAAACAGAACCAGAAAGAACUCCAUUACAGCAGAAGCUUGACGAAUUUGGGCAGCAACUAUCUAAAGUCAUCUCUCUUGUCUGCGUGGCUGUUUGGGUUAUCAACAUUGGCCAUUUCAAUGACCCUGUACAUGGAGGCUCUUGGUUUCGUGGAGCUAUUUACUAUUUUAAGAUAGCUGUGGCUUUGGCUGUAGCUGCUAUUCCAGAGGGCCUUCCAGCUGUGAUUACUACCUGCCUGGCCCUAGGCACACGUCGUAUGGCUAAAAAGAAUGCUAUUGUGAGGAGUCUUCCAUCUGUGGAGACUCUAGGUUGUACAUCAGUCAUUUGUUCAGACAAAACUGGCACCUUGACCACCAAUCAGAUGUCCGUGUCAAGGAUGUUUGUGGUUGAAAAGAUUGAAGGAGUAAAUUGCAGUCUACAUGAAUUCAGUAUUACUGGAUCUACCUAUGCUCCAGAGGGUCAGAUUUUAAAAGCUGAUCAGCCCAUCCAGUGUGGGCAGUAUGACGGUUUGGUGGAGCUGGCAACCAUCUGCGCUCUCUGUAACGAUUCAUCUUUAGAUUUCAAUGAGUCCAAGGGAGUAUAUGAAAAGGUUGGAGAGGCAACAGAGACUGCUUUGACCUGCCUGGUGGAAAAGAUGAACGUCUUUAAUACUGAUUUAUGUAAGCUGUCAAAGGUGGAGCGAGCUAAUGCCUGCAAUUCUGUAAUAAAAAAGCUUAUGAAGAAGGACUGCACCUUGGAGUUUUCCCGGGACCGGAAAUCCAUGUCCGUGUAUUGCACCCCUCUUAGUUCUAGCGCUGCAGCAUCUGGCAAUAAGAUGUUCAUAAAGGGUGCUCCUGAAAGUGUAAUUGAGCGUUGCAAUUAUGUGCGCGUGGGCUCUACAAAGCUCCCACUGACUCCAUCAGCUAGAGAGCGGAUCAUGGCCAAGAUUCGGGACUGGGGUACUGGCAUGGACACCCUUCGAUGUCUUGCUCUGGCUACAAGGGAUGUGCCACCAAAAUUAGAAGACAUGCAAUUGGAUGAUUCAAACAAGUUCAUCAACUAUGAGACAAAUUUGACAUUUGUUGGAUGCGUGGGAAUGUUAGAUCCUCCCCGUAAAGAGGUGACUAUCUCUAUCCAAAUGUGCAGAAAAGCUGGUAUCAAGGUGAUAAUGAUAACUGGGGACAACAAAGGCACAGCAGUAGCAAUAUGCAGAAAGAUUGGCAUUUUUUCAGACUCUGAGGACAUAACAGACAAGGCAUACACUGGAAGAGAGUUUGAUGACCUCCCAGUAGAGAGACAGCGGGAUGCUUGUCGUAAUGCUCGCUGCUUUGCCCGUGUGGAACCAGCACACAAGUCCAAAAUUGUGGAGUAUUUGCAGUCUUUCAAUGAAAUAACUGCUAUGACAGGUGAUGGCGUAAACGAUGCUCCAGCCCUGAAGAAGGCUGAAAUUGGCAUUGCAAUGGGCUCUGGCACUGCGGUGGCAAAGUCGGCAGCAGAAAUGGUUCUCUCUGAUGACAAUUUCUCUACUAUAGUGUCCGCUGUUGAAGAAGGGCGAGCAAUUUAUAACAACAUGAAACAGUUUAUUCGCUACCUUAUCUCUUCCAAUGUUGGUGAGGUUGUCUGCAUCUUUCUCACUGCUAUCAUUGGCUUACCAGAAGCCCUCAUCCCUGUUCAGCUGCUCUGGGUUAAUCUUGUGACAGAUGGUUUACCUGCCACUGCUUUGGGAUUUAACCCACCUGAUCUUGACAUCAUGGACAAGCAACCUCGCAAUCCCCGGGAACCACUCAUUAGUGGCUGGCUAUUUUUCAGAUAUCUUGCCAUCGGAGUCUAUGUAGGCCUGGCCACUGUUGGAGCUGCUACAUGGUGGUUCUUAUAUGAUGAAGAUGGACCAGAAGUCACAUUCUACCAGCUGAGGCACUUCAUGAAAUGUACGUCCAACAACCCUUUGUUUGAAGGAAUAGACUGUGAAGUGUUUGAGUCCCGUUAUCCCACAACUAUGGCCCUCUCUGUACUGGUAACUGUUGAGAUGUGUAAUGCCCUUAACAGUGUGUCUGAGAAUCAGUCGUUACUGCGGAUGCCACCAUGGCUUAACUUUUGGCUUCUUGGUGCUAUUGUCAUGUCAAUGGCUCUGCACUUCGUAGUUCUCUAUGUUCAGCCAAUGCCACUAAUUUUUCAAGUAACUCCUCUGAAUUGGUCACAAUGGAUGGUAGUUCUGAAGAUGUCAUUCCCUGUUAUCCUGCUCGAUGAAGGUCUCAAAUAUGUCUCAAGGCAUCACUUGGAGGGUUUACUGAAGACAGUAGAGGAGUCUUGGAAUGGGACAGAUCAGGGGAAGCCCUCCCGAAGUCAAGACCAGACUGGGAGAAAACGACAUCCACAACACUCGGACAACAAUAUUACUAAAUAAGGCAUUCCAUCAUCCCAAUUCAAACUUAAAAAUCCUGGAUGUCUGCAAGUCUUAAAAGGAUGAAUGGACUUGCAUGUUUCUAUCUGCCUGGGUGAAAUGUGCAAAUAAGAAAAAGAAAAGAAAAACCACAAAAAAAAAGAGAAAAAUAUUUGUUUGUAGCUUUUUUUUCUGUACAUAAAGGUGCAAUAACUGGACAUCUUGCUUGGGGAUAAAAAGUAUAGUUUUGGCCAUGCAGGAAAUGUCAGGGUUUGUUCGUUAGUGUUUUGUGUCUGUAUCAUAAUACAAUAUGACCCCCAUGGUAUGAUGGUGCUGACAUACUCAUGAAAUAAUGCAGGUUCAGGAAAGGCUACAACAUAUAUUGCAGGAGUAGCCAACCCUGGUCCUCGAUAGCUACCAGCAGUUCACGUUUUCCAGAUCUCCUCACAGAAUCACAAGUGAAGUAAUUAGCUCCAACUGUGGAUAUUUUAAAAUGUGUCAGUUAGUAAUGACAACACCUGUGCACCUGCUGGGUGAGCUGGAAAACGUGAACUGUUAGCUCUCAAGGACCAGGGUUGGCUACCACUGAUAUAUUGCUUGGUGGAUAACAACAGCAGCCCGUUUAUGCAGGAUGGUGCUGUCAGCAUGGGGAACAGACGUUUCCUGCUUAGAGUGCUUUGUGGUCAGUAUGUAUAGGGUUAGCUCACAGACGCUGUUUAACUUUUGAUAUUCUGCGGUUGCAAAAAUAUGUGCUGUGAGAUGGCGUACUAACGGUUGGCUACCACAGAUUUGCAAUGGGUCAGAUGUCCUUCUGCUAUGACACUGAGAAGCUGUGACAUUCACUGUGUGAAGUUUUAAAUGAUCUAAGUUAAAAAGAAAAAAAAAAUCACUCAUUCUUUUCUGUGUAUGUAUUUGUCUACAGGGCUGUGGUGUGUCCUUCAUUCAUUUCAGCAUAACAACACAAAUGCUACAGUAUGUUCUUAGGUUCUUCGCUUUCUAGCAGACAGACAUUGCAGUCUUUUUGUGUGGAUAAAAUGAACGGGUGACAAUUUAGGACCUGGUGUUGUGUACAAAAACUAUAAACACAUUGCAGCAGGGAACAUUAUAGGAGGAACUCUUACUAAACUGCACUGCACAUUAAUGACUCUGUGGGCCUGACUUUGACAUAACAAACUGUAGAAGUCGUUGCAGAUUCCAUAUAUCGUUCCAGGAUUCUAUUUUUGUAGAUUUUGUUGGUCUUUUAAGAUGGUCCUAAAAGAUCAUGUUUGUAUUACUGUACAGUGCUGCUUAUGGAGUAGUUCAACCUAUUUUAAAAUAUUUCUAGCUAUGCUUUAUUUUACACCUCAAUCACUAGAAGUUUUUUCCAUUAAGUUUACGUUCUCGCUUGUAAACUAUUACAUAUUAGCUAAAUCUUCCUACAAUAACGUAUUUCACCAGCCCUUCACACCAUAUAGUGCAUUCAACACCAAUAAUGCAUCUCGCUAGCAGGAUGAGCAGUCUUUUAUCUUUCAUGUGUCUUUUACCUUUUGCUUUGCUAAUAGCCGCUGCAUUUUGCCAGGGGCAUGCCAUGCAAAUGAUAGGGGACAAAUAUGCCAGUCAUUAUGGCAACUUAGAAUUAGAAAAGUUUCUUUUUGUUUUUAACACAUCAACUAAACUAAUGUUUGUAAUGUAUGGCCAAUGGUCUAUAUGGACAUCUACCGUCAUACUUAAUCAAAAUUGGGAUGGGGGCCGUACAUCAGGACAAAUGUGCAGAUUGUGGACACCCAAAUUAGGAUGAUUGGGGGUAUGCACUUUGGAUGGAUAGGCUAUGGGUAUAUCUCCCUCAGAGGUUAGUCCGCUAUAAACCUCAAGUAUACAUGUAACCUAAACACAGUGGAUGUCGUUAUUUUCUAAAUCAAAUGGCAUUGUAAAUCCUGUGCUCCUUCAAUAUCGUGGGCUUUAGUUCAUCUAAUAUAUUAUGCAUUACAUUUCAGCUUGUCUACCUUUAGUUCAUCUAAUAUAUGAUGCAUUACAUUUUUGAUAUAUGUGCCACCUCAGUAUACAAAUGUUAGAGCUCACAAAGGUAACAGUAAUAUGUCAGUUUUCAAAUCCGUGAUGUUUUGACAACUAGUUCCACAUACUGUUCUGCAAUUUCAGGGGCCCUUCCUUAAUGAAAUAUUGCCUGCAAUACUUUUGGUAUUUUAUUUCCUGUAGUACACUGAUGGAAGUACCACAUGUCCUAAGAAAUCUAUUGUAAGGGUAAAAUUACAGUUCAUGUUUCAUCACCCUCUCUAAUUUAUCUCAUGAAGCCACCUGGUUAAUAGGAAUUUAUACACUUGUUAUACUACUGAGCAGAUUCAUUGUACAGAAAAAAAUGCAAGAUAUGUUACUGUAAUUAAUAUAUUCUAUAUUUAAAAAAAAAACUAUUUUACAGAACACCUAGAAUAAGGUUUGACCAAAUAUAUUAUGCAGUUGUUUUUUUCUUGAAGAAUUGUAUUCCAAUUUAGAGUGGGUUCUGAUUUUUAAUAAUAUUUGUAUAUGAGUGGAAUUUUUAAAGAAUAAAAACUAUUAUAUUACAUUUUGA